AUGGAGGGGGGUGUUCAUAAAGCAGAUAGAACAGAAUUCACAGAAUGCUGGAGGACAACUUGGAAAAAACCCUACAUAAUGCGGCUUGCCCUAUCGGCUGGCAUUGGAGGACUCCUCUUUGGUUACGAUACAGGUGUUAUUUCUGGUGCACUUCUCUACAUUCGAGAAGACUUCAAAUCUGUUGAUAGGACAACAUUGCUACAGGAGACCAUUGUGAGCAUGGCAGUAGCAGGAGCUAUAGUUGGUGCCGCAUUUGGUGGAUACUUCAAUGACAAAUAUGGGCGGAGAAGGUCAAUUUUAGGAGCGGACUUUUUGUUCUUUGUUGGUGCUGUAAUUAUGGCCGGUGCUGUAAAUCCCGGGAUGAUAAUAGCUGGAAGAGUAUUUGUGGGUUUGGGUGUUGGAAUGGCAUCCAUGACAGCACCUCUUUACAUUUCGGAAGCAUCACCUGCUAAAAUCAGAGGAGCACUGGUUAGCACAAAUGGUUUCUUAAUCACCUUUGGGCAAUUUUUGGCUUAUAUUAUCAACCUAUGCUUUACCAAGGCACCUGGAACAUGGCGUUGGAUGCUUGGGAUAGCUGGAGUUCCAGCCCUUGUUCAAUUCAUAUUGAUGUGGUCGCUUCCCGAGUCUCCUAGAUGGCUGUAUAGAGAUAAUCAGGUAGAUGAGGCCAGGAAAAUAUUAGAGAAGAUCUAUCCUCCUAAUGAAGUUGAACAAGAGAUGAAGGCCUUACAGUCGUCUAUCGAAGCUGAAAAGGCGGACGAAGGUUCUAUUGGUGAUGGUAUGAUUUCAAAAUUAAAGAGUGCUUGGAGUAAUAAAAUAGUUCGAAGAGGUCUCUAUGCGGGAGUCACUGUCCAAGUGGCUCAGCAGUUUGUAGGCAUAAACACCGUCAUGUAUUAUAGCCCAACCAUAGUUCAACUGGCUGGAUUUGCUUCAAAAAAGACUGCUUUAGCACUUUCUCUCAUCACUUCUGGUCUCAACGCUAUUGGCUCCCUUGUGAGUAUGCUUUUUGUUGACAGAUUCGGGAGGAGGAGAUUGAUGAUUAUUUCUAUGUUUGGAAUUAUUAUCUGCCUUGUGGUGUUAUCCGGCAUGUUUUUUCAAGCUUCUACCCAUUCUCCGUCUAUCAGUAAACUCGAAUCCACACACUUCGGUGGGAACUCUACGUGCUCAAGUUACCAGACAGCUCCAGAUGCAUUGUCUUGGAAUUGUAUGACGUGCUUGAAAGCAUCCUCGGAUUGUGCAUUUUGUGCUAAUGGAGUGAAUCAAUAUCAUCCCGGGGCGUGCUUAGCUUCAAAUGAUGUUACCAAAAGAACAUGUGGUGCAGAAAACCGUACCUGGUAUACAAAUGGUUGUCCAAGCAAAUUUGGGAUUUUUGCAGUUCUUGUUAUGGGAUUAUAUAUUAUAAGUUACUCACCUGGAAUGGGAACUGCACCUUGGAUUGUGAACUCGGAGAUAUACCCUUUGAAAUACCGAGGCAUUUGUGGAGGAAUCGCUGCAGUGUCUAACUGGAUUUCCAAUCUCAUUGUAAGUGAGACGUUCUUGACAUUAACUGAGGCGAUUGGUUCAGCUGGCACAUUUCUCCUGUUUGCCGGAUUUUCCUUCCUCGGACUGGUAGCUAUAUAUUUCCUUGUACCAGAAACCAAAGGAUUGCCAUUUGAGGAGGUCGAGAAGAUGCUGGAAAAAGGUUACAAACCUUGCUUAUGUUCCUCCAAGCAAAAGAAUGUUGAUUCUGCUUAAGCGCAAAAUAUUUGUUAAUUUCAUUUAACUUCAUUAUUUUUACU